AUGUUUGAGAAUCUUUCAACUGUUCUUGAUGAGAAUGAAGAUCAUCUGCUUUAUCCAUCACUCAAAAUUGAAAUCACUCAGCACCUGAAAUCCUUGGAAAGUGAGCUCAAAAAGUAUUUCCCAGAUUUCGAGGAGGAAGAUGGGAAAUUGGUGAGGAAUCCUUUCUCUGGCACUCUUGAUAUUGCUACCAUUCCAAAUGAUGUUCAGGACGAAUUUCUUGAUCUCAAGAAUGAUUCUGCUGCCAAAGAUCUCUAUGAAGAAAGAUCUCUGACUUCAGACUCAGCAUACAAGAAGUUAAAGGCUGCGUGGCUUCACUAUGAGGAAUUCAAGGAUUGGCACUGGAGGGUCGAGAGCAACCCCAAUAGAGCGUACUGCCGUUCAUGCCGUACAGAUCUGUCUGCCGAAAUAUCAUCUCUGAAACGGAAUAAAAUCUCGCAUAUGCACAACAGAAAUGUUGAGAGGAUGGAAACAAUGGACCAGGAAAUGGACUCUCCUGAGUGUUCAAAGCUCAAAGUUGACCUUUCAGACUCAUCAGAGCAAUAG